AAAUUGCGCUUUUAUUUUGAAGUACACAUUCCGGUUGUAUUAUGACAGACUAUUGUUGCUAGCUUGAUACUAUAUCAGAGGAUCCGAGGAAGCGCUUUUGCUGCCAGCGAUGUCUGCUUCUUUAUCUGAAGAAACGGAGUUAAUUGAGAAACAUGAGGAAAUUUUAGGGAGGAGAGCGGAGCUGCUGGAGCAGAUGGAGAGUUGCAGAGAGCAGCUGAAGAUCCAGAGGAGGCAGCAGCUCAAGGAGCGUGAGGCCGCUCGCCUCAGGAACACCACACUGCUGCAGGAUUUACAGAAGACAGAGGAUCGUCUCAGAGGAAGACAGCUGCCACACCCAAAUCUCCUGGCUCUGGAGACAAGAUACUGGGAGUCUGUGGAAGAGUCUAUCCCAGCCUGGGAGUGCUUCCUCCUGGGUAAAGGCCCACACCCUGCUCACGGUCCAGGACAGCCACCCAGAAGAGCCAAACAGAAAGCCAGCACAGCUAAAGACCAGGGCCUGCCUCCUCGCCCCAAACCCAGGACUGCUCGAUAGGUGAGCAGUGACUCUGAUGCUGCCACUGGAGUCGGAGAGACUGCGCUGAUGCUCAGCUGGUGCAGGUGAUCACAGGCCUGGUGAUUCUCAGAGCCCCUGCAUUCAGACCCUCACCAGCAUCCUUAAACCAGGGUUGGAGGAUUUGGUGAAGAAGCGUUUCUCUCGGGAAUGGAAAUGGAUUUAGCGAUACCGACAUUUAAACGUUAUUAAACCGUCUCUGCCAACUCCCGUGUCCCCUGUAUGGAAGGGGUAUCAGAAGGACAUGCACCUCCUGUGCAAAGGCAUCAGCCCACUGAGGCAACUCUUAUCUAAUAUUUUUACAGCCAGCACCUGCUGAUAACCAAUCUUCAUUUAAUGCACAAAAAGCGAGCGAUCAUAAAAUAAAAUGGAUAGAAAGGAC